UCUCGACAAUGAUUCACUCCAAAAAUUACCAAUAAACGCGCUUCCAUUUCCAGUUUACAACCUGGUUCCUUGUUCUUCUUCUUCUCCCAUUUUCAAUCUUCAGAUCCAACACAAACCCUUUUAAACAUUCAACUAACAAUUAUAUAAUUAUAGUCAACAAUAUAUACAUACAACAUAUAUACAUAUAUAAUAAAGAUUUUCUUGAUGAUCGAUGGCUUCGAUUAGAAGAACACUUUCUCCUUACAGAAAUGGAGGUAAUACAAGUCCUUUUUCACCUAAUUCUCAUACUAAACUUAACCCCACUACUAGAUUUGCUUCCCCUUUAUCAGAUUUUGGUGUAGGUGUUCGUAGAUUUAUAGGAGCCGAAAAACAUAGUACUAAUCCUAAAAAAGUUGGUCUUUUUCGUACUUGGCGUAAGUCGGUUUUCGGUUAUUUCUUGUUUUUCUUGGUGGGUUUUUUGUUAGGUUUAGCCCCUUUUGGUGAACUUGAACAAAAUGUUCAAAGUCGUGAUUUUUCUUUCGAAAUUAAACGUGGUCCGGUUUUAGAUGUUAAGCAAGAUAUUGAUCAUGUUGUUAGUGAUAAGGUUGAGAAAUUAGAUAAUGUGAAUUUGAAUGUGAAUGUGAAUUUGAAGGAAAGGUUUGAUUAUGAUGUUGAUAAGAAACAAGUGAUUGUUGUGACACCGACUUAUGGUAGAGCGUUGCAAGCGUUUUAUUUGAAUAGAUUAGGGCAGGUGUUAAGGCUUGUGCCGCCACCAAUUCUUUGGAUUGUUGUGGAGAUGAAUGUGGAGACAAGUGAGACUGCGGAUAUACUUAGGGGAAUGGGGAUUAUGUAUCGGCAUUUGGUUUGUAGUAAGAAUGUUACGGAUAUUAAGGAUAGAGGUGUUCAUCAGCGGAAUAGAGCACUUGAACAUAUUGAACAUCAUAAGCUUGAUGGGAUUGUGUAUUUUGCAGACGACGAUAAUAUUUAUUCGCUUGAGUUGUUUGAGUCUUUGAGAAAUAUCAGCCGUUUUGGCACUUGGCCAGUAGCAAUGCUUGCACAAAGCAAAAACAAGGCAACUUUAGAAGGUCCUGUAUGCAAUGGAAGUCAAGUGAUUGGGUGGCAUACAAAUGAAAAGAGUAAAAGGCUUCGAAGAUUUCAUGUUGACAUGUCUGGAUUUGCAUUCAACAGCACCAUUCUGUGGGACCCAAAGAGAUGGAAAAAACCCACCUCAGCCUUGAUUCGUCAAUUAGACACCAUUAAGGAGGGAUUUCAGGAGACCACUUUUAUUGAACAAUUGGUAGAAGAUGAGAGUCAAAUGGAAGCUACUCCAUUUGGAUGUUCUAAAAUUAUGAACUGGCAUCUUCAUUUGGAAGCUCAUGAUCUUAGUUAUCCUAGAGGCUGGUUGCUUCAGAAGAACCUCGAUGCUGUUCUCCCUAUCGAGUAAAUGCCAAUGCAUGUGACCUUCUUCAAACAACAGCCGGAAAGAGUGAUAAUGUAAUAUUAUUAUUCAAGUUGGCACAUUCAUCAGUUUCGAAAAGCUAUGACCAAAAGCAGCUCUGCCCUUUUUAGAAGCAGUUGCGAAAGAGAUGAAAGAAUGAUAUUGGUUUCAAGUUGUUUUAUGUGAAUGGUUAUUCUUUUGACUAUAUGGUGGUUGGGUCAGAGGUGCCAUUGCCUUCUGAUAUUUGGUCAAAUUCUUUUUAAACAUGUGAAAUAUUUGUUAGAGUUGCCUUGUUUUUGUACACCAGAAAAGGUGACUUGAAAAUCUUGUUAAUUGAGCAAUAGCAUAUAUUUUUCUUGUUUGGAA